AUGAGUUCGACAUCCAAUCUAGAGUUCGACAAGAUACCGAAAAAGUACAUUGAUCCGCUUGCGCCAAAGGAUAAGAGUGAAGGACCCAGAGUCAAUGGGAAGGACUGGAAGAUAAAAAAGGAUGCAUUCAGGGUGAAAAGCUUGGGAGUAUCGAAACCAAAUUCAUUUCAACAGAGAGAGUUGAAGAAGCUACAAGAACAACAGUAUAAAGAGAGAUUGAAGGAACUUAAAGAGGAGAAAGAGACCGCUAAGAAGCAAAAAAUUGAGGAUUUGAAAAGAAGACGUGAAAUCAAGGCGGAGAAGGAAAGGCACGAGAAGUUGGCAGCAAAGAUGCACCAAAAGAAGGUGGAAAGGUUGAAGAAGCGUGAAAAGAGAAACAAGCUCCUUAAAGAGCGAUAG